AUGCGGGGGCCGGGUGCUGGUGGUGGUUUACUCCGGGGUAAGGGGUACCUGCUGGAGCAGGGAGAAGUGGGUGUGAAUGUAUGGGACUAGUGCAAUAGCACCCCCUUGUACUGUGUCUGUUUAAGUGGGCAUGAAGAGCUGGUAUUCUACCUUCUGGCCAGUGGUGAAGAGCCAGCUGUGAGUGAUAUCAUCCACCAGGCGCUGCAUGAUUAUAAGCAAGUAACAGCCUCCUGCAGGAGGCAAAACUACUAUGACAGCUUCCUGCAGUGGCUUCUGUAUCAAGGCAUCAGUGAUAUGCUUUUCAUAGUGCACAGACCUUUCUGGACCCAUCUGGGUGCAUGCAGUGCCUUCUUUGCCAACACACUGGACACCAGAUGUAAGGGCAAGAGCAUCGUGGUCCUCAGGCACUGUGCAUUCCUCCCUGGGAUCAGCCCUGUGGCCUUCAGGGCCCUGCUGCAGUACCUGUACACAGGUGGCCUGGACAUCAGUGUGGAACACAUUAGUGAAUGUGAGCACCUGGCCAAGCAGUUCCAGCUGUUAUAUCUGCUCGAUGACCUGGAGGCCAAGUGCAGGGAAGUGUCUGAGUUCUUGGCAUCCAAACCAGACACUCAUGUGAAGGUUCUGAGCAGCAGCCCCUCAGAGGACCCUUGGGUUCUGGAGGACCUGACCCUAUUGGCCGACUGCGUCCUGGUCCCUGAACUCCCAGACAAUCUUGGGGAGCUGCCCUUCCCUUUCCCUGAUGGCUUCAACAUCUGUUCUGAUGUUUGCUUCCAAGUGGAGGGUUGCAGUUUCCUCCGCCACAAGGACUUCUUUUGUGGCUAUAGUGACAACUUCUGGGCCCUGCUGGAUGACCACUUCUGAGAAAACAAAGGGCUAGAGGCCUCUGGGCCUCCCCCAAUCACCCUGCAUAGUCUCUCUCCCUACGUCUUCACCCAUGUGCUUCACUACAUAUUCAGCAAUCACAUUAAGGUGCCUAACGAGGUGGCCUGCAACGUACUGAGUAUGGCCAACAUGUACCUGUUACUGAGCCUGAAACAACUGUGUGGCCGCAGUCUGGCCCAGCUGCUGGAUGAGGACAGCAUGGUAGGCAUGUGGCAUGUGGCCAAGCUGUUCCAUUUGGCAUGCCUUGAGGAUCCGUGCACUGAGUACAUGGCCAAAGUUAUCAAGAAGCUGGUGGAGCAGGACUUCUCAGAAGUUGUGAGGGAUGAGGCAACAGCCGUGGUGGCCCUGCCGGAGUAAGACUCCUUCCCACUGAUAGAUGAUAAUUUUCUCAUGACCAGCAUGAUGCAGACCUACAGUAACAUGAAGGAGAUGGAGCAUCAGUUAUACGCACUUGAGGACCUGCUGAUGUCCAUUGGCCUGGACUGCUGA